CUCAAAUUUUGAGAUUUCCGGGGACCCAUUUUCUUCAAUUUUCUUCUGCUAUUAAGGAAAAUCAAUACUAUUGCCACAAAACUUUUGGCUAAUUCCAGCGUCACCUUCCUUGGGUGGCCGACCUGGCAAAAGUCUCAUCUCAUCAACUCUUCAUUUCUUGCUUUUUAUUUUUAAAGUAGUAACAACAAUAUUUUCUCAAAUGAACAAAUAUAUAUAUUUUAUCUUCAGAGUGAUCUCUCAACUACAAGGGUCGCUCUUAUCCCCUGUACUCGUUUCUAAACUCAGUUCAAUCACAGACCCACUACAUUUAGCCUCGCAUAAAAUCAGCAACAGACAUUUAGAUCCUCGUCAUGACAGCCGUUAGAUUAAGCGAGUAGAUACAUGUGGGUGAGGUAGUCAAGACAUAGGAUUAGGAAGUGGUGAAAUAUAUAGUUCCAAAAUCCUCUAAGCACCACUCGCUGACGAUGUGGCUUUGUUGGCUAUUUGUUUUUCUCGAUUUUGCGACAAGCCCUCCUUCACCCACUAAUUUACUAUCAAUUGAUCUUAUUCGUUUUUUAAAAUUUUUUUAAUACUGCCAAUGGAUGUCUUCCACCCAUAUAUAAAAGGCUAUCCUUUUUUUUAUCUCUUAGCAGAGCAAUGUUCUAUUGUGCUAUCUGAAUUGCUAUCUUUUGAGUUUUGAAGAAGAAUAACGCAGAGAAAGGUUCUUUAUUUUUCAACUUUAGAAGAUGAGGGGAAGUCUUUGGCAUCUUGGACAAUCAAUUACACGCCGUGUAGCUCAGGCUGACAAGAAGGCUGCAGCACGUCGAUUCUUUGCUUCAGAAGCUGAUCUGAAAAAGACUGUUCUUUAUAACUUCCACAUUGCUCAUGGUGGGAAGAUGGUCCCAUUCGCCGGAUGGAGCAUGCCAAUCCAGUACAAGGACUCAAUUAUGGACUCUACGGUGAAUUGCAGGCAGAAUGGUUCACUCUUUGACGUUUCUCAUAUGUGUGGGUUAAGCCUUAAGGGAAAGGACUGUGUUCCAUUCCUUGAAAAGCUCGUCAUUGCCGAUGUUGCUGGACUCGCCCCUGGAACGGGAACACUAACUGUUUUUACAAACGAGAAGGGAGGGGCAAUUGAUGAUUCCGUGAUCACCAAAGUGAAGGAUGAUCACAUUUACCUAGUUGUGAAUGCAGGCUGUAGGGAUAAAGAUCUGGCUCACAUCGAAGAGCAUAUGAAGGCAUUCAAGUCCAAAGGUGGGGAUGUCUCAUGGCACAUCCAUGAUGAGAGAUCUCUCCUAGCUCUCCAGGGUCCUCUCGCUGCACCAGUUCUUCAACAUCUUACAAAGGAAGAUCUGAGCAAGCUAUAUUUUGGGGAAUUCCGUAUAAUGUAUAUCAAUGGUGCAUUAUGCUUUCUCACUCGAACGGGGUACACUGGUGAAGAUGGAUUUGAAAUCUCAGUUCCCUCUGAAAAUGCCGUGGAUCUUGCUAAAGCAAUCUUGGAGAAAUCUGAAGGGAAGGUUAGGUUGACAGGACUUGGAGCUCGAGACAGUCUCCGACUUGAAGCUGGGCUGUGUUUAUAUGGUAAUGACAUGGAGCAACAUAUAACACCAGUGGAGGCUGGACUGACCUGGGCCAUAGGGAAGAGGAGGAGAGCAGAAGGUGGAUUCCUAGGAGCUGAGGUAAUCCUUAAACAACUGGAAGAGGGGCCGUCAAUCAGGCGAGUUGGCUUCACCUCCAAUGGUCCACCUCCUCGAUCCCACAGUGAGAUUCAGGACGAGAAAGGGAACAACAUUGGUGAAAUCACCAGCGGAGGAUUUAGUCCUUGCCUUAAGAAGAAUAUAGCAAUGGGAUACGUGAAAUCUGGGUUACACAAGGCAGGCACCAAAGCUAAGAUUUUGGUAAGAGGAAAGGCCUAUGAUGGGGUUGUCACGAAAAUGCCAUUUGUACCUACAAAAUAUUACAAACCAUCCUAAGAUCAAUUUUACAUUUCAGGCUCAGCUCCAACAUAUUUCUCGUUGGUUCCAGUUAUCGAGUUUCCUUGUUUCCUGUAAACUUUUAAGCCCCUGCAAGUAAUGCUAAUGGGUCUGGUUUUUCUAUUAACUGACAGGGCAUGCUAUAGUUUGUUAAUUUGUCGUGUGUUAAAUUUAAUUAUUUUCCUCGUGUUCAUGUAGUAUAAUGAUAUCUAACAUUACUUUGUCUAUUGCAGUUAUGGUUUAAAAUUUACUCAAAA